CGUUGCAAAGACCGAGUGAAUGCCUUGGCCAUCGCCGUCAUGAAUAUGUGGCCGGGCGUAAGACUGCGAGUGACGGAGGGCUGGGAUGAAGACGGACACCACCUGCCUGAGUCUCUACACUAUGAGGGCCGGGCGCUGGACAUCACCACCUCUGACCGUGACAGGGAGAAAUACGGCAUAUUGGCCCGCUUAGCUGUGGAGGCUGGCUUCGACUGGGUGUACUAUGAAUCCAAGGCGCACAUCCAUGUUUCUGUGAAAGCAGAUAACUCCAUGGCUAUUCGUGCAGGCGGCUGCUUCCCUGGUGAUGCGACCGUGACGCUGCGGAGCGGCGAGAAGAGGAGCCUCUCCAAGCUGCGCCACGGAGACUAUGUAUUCAGCGUAGAUCAGAACGGACAAGUGACCCUUAGUGAGGUUCUGCUCUUCCUCCACCGGGAGCCACACCAGCAGACCCUCUUCGUGGCCAUCGAGACAGAAGAACCUGUUCGCCGGCUGCUACUUACAUCCUCUCAUCUCAUCUUCGUUGCACGGGACCCGGUCAACAGCACAACAGACUUCUCUCCUGUGUUUGCCAGCAGAGUGUGUGUGGGGGACUCUGUUUUGACAUACCAGGGGAGCGACCUUCCCUUGCAUCCUGCCCGAGUUGUCCGUGUUUGGCAGCAAGAGGGCACUGGUGUCUAUGCCCCCUUGACCACUCAUGGCACGAUCCUGGUCAAUGAGGUGCUGGCCUCCUGCUACGCAGUCCUUGAAAGUCACCAUUGGGCUCACUAUGCCUUUGCCCCCUUGCGCUUUGUCUAUGGUAUCUUCUCACUGCUGUCCCUGAAGGGGGACUCCAGAAACUGCAGUGCUCAAGAAACAGGCGUGCACUGGUAUUCACAGGUUCUGUAUCAUCUGGCGUGGGACUUGCUGGGCCAGGAUGCACUUCGCCCCUAAGAGGCUGGCUGGGCUGCUUGUUUGCCAGACAAAGUUAAGCUCAUCAAGUCUUUAGACAAAGGGAGACCCCUGAGCAUUUGCUUGGCUCCAUAUCUCCUUGCCCUCCUGGCCGGCUAAUGAUUCUAGAGCUGAGGUCCCUUUAAAGCAUCAACCUUUGCAACAGAGAAACUAGCCUGUGGCCACGUGGGAGUUGGAUUGAGGGAUUAGGUCAACUGAUACCAGUACUCCUGCCGUAGGUUGCAUAUCACAGGCGCUGGACUUCCUACAGAUGUGUUUGGGGAGCUUAAAAAUAUCUGAGGCAUGCUGUGUUCUCCUAAAUUUAGCACAAAGUCAAUAAGCCCACUGUCUUAAUUUUUAGCAGGUGAAAUGGAUUUCCCAUAGGUGACUUGAUCGACUGGGCUUAUAAAACCAGCAUAAGGUCAGCCGUGCCUUUAAAAAAAAAAAAUCCCCCUGCAGCUGCCUUAACGGGAUAAGUCAGGAAGGAGCGAGGUACUGUACAGUAGAAACAAGUGCUGGUCAUUUCUAGAUGACCAGAAGAUAUUUCAACUUCCUCUAGCUUCAGAAAUGUAUCUGAGCAUUUCUGUGACGUGCAUUAGAAGAAAGGUAACACACAGGUUGGCUUGACCCUUCAAUUUGGGCAGGUGAUAUGGAAACCUGCAAGGCCUGUCUAACUCAGGGCCAGUGGGGCUUUUCCAAGAAGGUCAAAUAUGAAAUAAGAAUGGCUUAUAGCAGAACGUGGGUAGCGUCUCUAUAGCUUGACAUCCCUUUCCUUACUGAGUUUCAGCACUGGAUUCAAGAAAGAAGCAAAAGAGGCAAAUCCAAUCUUUUUCAAGGCGAGAUCUCAUAACCAUCCAUGCUGGAAUGAUGAUUGAAUGGUGGUACAGGUCAUCCUCAACUUACAACCAUACGUUUCAUGGCCAUUUGUGGAGUUAAAACAUCAUUGGGAAAAAGUGACAGGCCCGUUUUUUUUAACAUGAGUGUUGCAGUACACCUGUGGUCAUGUGAUCAAAAUUCAGACGCUUGGCAACUGGCAUGUAUUUAUGACAGUUCUGCU